UUUUUCGCGAAUUUUUUAAAAGAAUUUAAACAAGAAGGUGAAGGAACAAGUGAAGCAACAAGUAUGGUAAGAGUUGAGGAUGUUUACUUAAAGAUUAAAGGAAUAUUUGUAAAUAACGAUGAGUUAUUAAGUAACUUUCCUAUAGAAGAGAAAAAAUCUGUUAAUUUGCAUUAUGUUUGUGGAUUUCAUUUGAAUGACGUAAAUGAACUGCGAAAUAAAGUGAAUGAUUCUUAUGUGAAAUCAAAUGGGAAAUCAAAUAUAGUUAUUAUAAACCUUGACUAUUGCGAGGAGAUAUUAACUCUACUUGAUGAUAUUGUUAAUUUAUUUAUUGACGUCAUUGAGGAUGUAAUGAAUAAAUUAGAGGGGAACAAUAAAGUUAAUUUCAUAUACAAUUGUCAUUUAAAGGAUAAAGAAGAUAAUUUGGGCAAUUUUAAAUUUGCUCAUAUACCAAUAAUGCAAGAUGAAUUGAGUAAGUAG